CUUGGCGGUUACCUAACCGGACUCCAGCUCUCCAAGGUUGUCACCUCCUGGAAGCCUCUUCCGUGGACGCGUAAGGUUUAAUACUUUGCUGCUCCUUAAUCUUCUACCAUUCUACGUAUAUGGUUCUUUGUUUUUAGCGAUUGGCGUCCCAGAUUGGCUUCGUCUAGUUUUCGUCGGCAGCUGGGACUCUCCUGGAUUCCCCUCGCUCCCGGUGUCCCCUUCGAAUUCCAAGCUAUCUUCUCUCUCCCCCGUCUAUGGCCGAUUUCCCGUGAGGGAGGAGUUCUCGAUCUUCGAAUAGUGUCGCGACCUGAUGGCGGAGACCAAGAAGUUCUACCCCGUGAUCGAGAGCGAUGAGCCCGGGGCGUCGGAGAUCGACGGGGUUCUUGAGCCAUCGGAAGCGACGGAGUCUAGGGUUUCCGUUCUUCCUAGACGAGGGGUGGAGAAUCCCCCUUCGUCCCCCCAGAUUCCUGGUUCAAUGGUGCAUGGCAACAGUAAUUUGCCUCCAAUGUACGACAAACCCCAAAGUCCAGAACUGCUUCAAGAUUCUAAUUGUGGUACUGAUGCAACUAGAGAUUCUCUAGACCGGAAAUCAGGCAAAUACUUCUAUUAUGAGUCCCCAUUCUAUGAAGAAACUGGCAUUUGGAUACCUGUUUCUGUCCCACCCAUGUCAGAAAGUGACCGUGAGGAAUGGCAUAGGGGUUUCAGUUCCAACGGUGGAUACUUCCCUGAAGGGGAAAUCAGUUGGGACCAAUUUAUCACAGAAGACAAGGAGAUGACCUUGUGGGAUGUGGUUUCCGAGAUGCUUCUUGUGGCCCAGGGCAAACUGAGAACGCUCAACCCAGGUGAGCUACGGAAUUGCAGGAUGUCUUGGUUAUCAACGCACCUCCUUGAAGAUGCUUGGAAAGAAAUGGCCCACACUCUCACAGAGGCCAAUUUUGGGAGCGCACAGGAACUUCUUGAAACAGAACCUCCGAAGUGGUUGGCAGACAGUGUUGCAACUGCAUGCAUGCUUUGUAACAUACGUUUUCAUCCGAUCAUGUGUACUCGGCAUCAUUGCCGGUUUUGUGGUGGGAUAUUUUGCAAUGAUUGUUCAAAAGGCAGGAGCUUGUUGCCUCCGAAGUUCAGAACUGCAGAUCCCCAACGGGUCUGUGAUGUCUGUUGUGUCCGACUAGAGUCUGUUCAGCCUUACUUAAUGGAUCAGGUGAGUCGUGCUUCACAGCUUCCAACCCAUGACUUGACAGACCUCAGCACCCUGAGAUCGUGGUUAAAUUUCCCAUGGGGACGUACAAUGGAGUAUGAGAUUUACAAGGCAGCUAAUACAAUACGUGGCUACAACAAGGUGGGUUUACUGAAGCCUGAGAAGUCCAUCCCAGAUGCUAUUCUAAAUCAAGCAAAAGGCCUUGCAAUACUUACUAUUGUAAAGGUUGGAUUAAUGGUCACUUACAAAAUUGGGACUGGGCUGGUCAUUGCUCGAAGAGAGGAUGGUUCCUGGUCUCCUCCCUCUGCUAUUUGUUCAUUUGGUGUUGGAUGGGGAGCACAGGCAGGGGGGGAGUUAACUGACUUUAUAAUUGUGCUGAGGACGAAGGAAGCUGUUAAAACCUUUAGUGGAAAUACACAUUUGUCAGUAGGGGCUGGCAUCAGUGCAUCUGCUGGCAUUGUUGGACGGGCAGCUGAGGCUGAUUUACGUGCAGGUGAUGGUGGUUAUGCUGCAUGCUACACAUACAGCUGCAGUAAGGGUGCAUUUGUGGGUUGUGCGCUCAAUGGAAGCAUAGUCACUACAAGAAGUUCUGAAAAUUCUCGUUUUUACGGUGGUUCAGUCAAGGCAUCAGAUAUCCUUCUUGGAUCCAUGCCAAGGCCACCUGCAGCAGCUCUUCUCUAUCGUGCUCUGUCUGAUCUAUACCAGAAGCUGGAGAAAUAAGCAUCCAGGUAUUGGCUUUAGCAUACGUUUAUGCUUCCGAUUGAUGAUUACCUCUGGUUCUCAGAGACCAUAUGCUGAGGUUUCGCUGCAUGCUUUCUGUCUGAGGUACAUUGGCCAUAGGUACAGAUCAUAGCAACAAACAAUUGUACAGUUGGACUGCUCUAAAAUGUUCAUUCAUUUAUACGUGUAUAAAUUUGUGUUGCUCAGGUGAAAAACACGGAUUCAUCAGGUAUCGGAUGAACAUAGAAUUCAGCUGCAUUAGUUUCAUUAUAUGGGGAGAAAAUUCAAUUAGUCAAUUGCUUCUUGCACAAAUAAUGAUAAUUCGGUACUUUUUGAUCCUGUUAUCACUUAAUAAACUGUACAUUUCUAUUGACAAGUGGCCAUCAGGCAUGACUCAACAAGUUUUUUCUUUUCUUUUCUUUUCGUUUUUUUUUUUUUCUUCUCAUCAAUCUGAUGGAAUAAAAUGGAAGAGUCUGAAUAUAGCAACUUGGCAAGAAAACACCGAUGGAGUCCAGAUAGAAAAUGUGACCCUAAUUACAUACUUUUAAAGGUGCUGGGGCCGGCGCCUCUGAUGUCAAAGAAGGCAUGUUCGCUGGGAUGGCUUUAUACUGGAUGUUUUUCACAGUACUCGUGCCUUCAGAGAGGCUCUGCAACAUACCGCCUAUCUUCUUUAUCCACUCAAGUUCUACUUGAUUCGGGGAUGCAUAUUGUACAAAUCAUUGUAGAUCUGUAGUAAGAUGUCCUCACCUGGGGCUGUUCAUCACUCUUUUAUAACCUAUUAAUCGCUUGAGCAAUACAGAAAUACUUUCCAA